AGAGAAAAUUGGUCGAUAUGAAACCAGAAAACAGGAUGGUUAGUUUGUUCAUUAAUUCAUUCCAAUAUUUGUUUAUUGAUACAUUUGUCGUCGACAUAUCGAUCCCACCUAAGGAAAAACAUGGAAUCACCGAAAUCACCGUCAAGAAAAUACUUCGAAGGUAACAUCUAUAUUCGAACACCUUUGGUCGAAUCGAUUGAACUUCGUAAAUAUUGUGCUGGCCGCCAGGUUUAUCUAAAAAUGGAAAAUUGUCAACCAUCUGGUAGUUUUAAAUUACGUGGGAUAUCCAAUCUUUGCAAAUAUGCUUUAUCGAAUGGAUACACUGAGGUAGUUUGUCCAUCCGGAGGUAAUGCAGGCUUAGCAACAGCAUAUGCAGCUAUGAAGCUAAACAUACCAUGUCAUAUAAUCGUUGGGCAGAAAACACCUAGUUUGAUUUGUGAUUCAGUUCGCGAAUAUGGAGCUACCGUAGAACGUUAUGGAACUGUUUGGGAACAGGCGAAUCAAUAUGCAAUUGAAACGACAAUCGAUUCGAAGUCAACAUUUUUGGUGCAUCCAUUUGAUCAUCAAGCCUUAUGGCAAGGGCAUUCGACCAUUGUUGAUGAAAUAGCCGAAGAUCUUGAUGGUGAGAUACCAUCGAUUAUCGUAACAUGUUGCGGAGGCGGUGGUCUUGUUUGCGGUAUUGUUCAAGGCAUUCGACGUCAAGGUUGGGAAAAAUGUACUAAAAUCUUGGCCAUGGAAACCGAGGGAACUCAUUCAUUUAAUAUAUGCGUCAAAAAUGGUGGACGUAGAACCCGACUAGAUAAAAUUACUUCGCUAGUCAGUUCUUUGGCUGCGAAUGAAGUUUGUGAACAAGUUGUGAAAUAUUUUCGUGAAAAUCAACCACAAAUUUUGUCACGUUUGAUUACCGAUGCUGAAGCAGCCAAAACUUGUAUUCAUUUUGCAAAUGAUCAUCGAUUUAUAAUUGGCCUAGCCUGUGCAACUUCGAUCGCUGCCAUUUAUACCGGAAUCGUCGAACGAAUCCUUACAAAAAAAGAAGAGCGUUAUGCUAAAAAAUGGUAUCCAGACAAACAAUUCUAUCAAGAAUUUGAAGAAGAAUGUUUUUUAGUUGAUCAUGAAUAUCGUGGAAAACUUUCAAGAAAUGUUACGAGAGACAAUCCUCAGAUGCGAUUUCGCAACAUUGUGAUUAAUUUUGGUCCUCAGCAUCCAGCAGCACACGGGGUAUUAAGAUUGGCUUUGGAACUUCGUGGGGAAUAUGUAGUUCGUGCUGAUCCACAUAUUGGUCUUCUUCAUCGAGGCACCGAAAAAUUAAUGGAAUAUAAAACCUAUACACAAGCUUUGCCAUAUAUGGAUCGGCUUGAUUAUGUAUCAAUGAUGACUAACGAACAAUGUUAUGCUUUGGCAAUCGAAAAAAUGCUGAAUAUUAGAGCACCUAAACGAGCACAAUAUAUUCGAGGUGCUCAUGCUCUUGAUGUUGGCGCAUUGACUCCAUUCUUUUGGCUAUUUGAAGAACGUGAAAAGUUGAUGGAGUUCUAUGAACGAGUAAGUGGUGCCCGAAUGCAUGCUGCAUAUGUUCGUCCUGGAGGAGUGUCUCAAGAUUUACCAAUUGGUCUUAUGGAUGAUAUUUACAAAUGGGCAUUGAAUUUUGUUCAACGCAUUGAUGAAAUAGAAGAUUUGCUUACCGAAAGUCGUAUCUGGAAAGAACGUACUGUUGAUAUUGGUAUUGUUUCGGCUGAAGAUGCUCUAAAUUUUGGCUUCAGUGGUGUCAUGUUAAGGGGUAGUGGAAUUAAAUGGGAUCUUCGUAAAACUCAACCAUAUGAUUCGUAUGAAGAAUUUGAUUUUGAUGUACCUAUUGGUGAAAUCAAAAUCGAUGACAACAAAAUUGUGCCACCAAGUCGUGCUGAAAUGAAAAAUUCAAUGGAAGCUCUUAUCCAUCAUUUCAAAUUGUUCACCGAAGGUUAUCAGGUUCCAGCCGGAUCUACCUAUACUGCUAUCGAAGCUCCGAAAGGCGAAUUCGGAUUGUAUAUCGUCAGUGAUGGAACAUCUCGUCCAUAUCGAUGCAAAAUCAAAGCACCUGGAUUUGCUCAUCUUGCCGCUCUCGAUCAUAUCGGUAAAAAUCUUUUUCUUGCCGAUAUUGUCGCCAUUAUAGGUACACUGGACAUUGUGUUUGGUGAAGUUGAUAGAUAGACAAUUAAAAUUAUUUUGUGUUGUAUAAAGUGGGAUAUAUUAAAAAGCGAAUUUUGUUUAAUUA